UCAGACCUGUGGUAAUUAAUUCAGAUUCAGACCUAAUCGAAUUUCCUUAACUUUAUUUCGAAUUUUUUGGACUGAACAAGUGUUCUAGAUCUGUAGUUUGCUUGGGGGUUAUAUAUUUAUUUAUAUUUAUUCGAAGAUGGAGCAAAUGGAGGAUAGGGAUGUAUCAGAUAGGCCCACGGAAGAAAGCGACAUAAUCACCACUGGUCGCACACUAAAGGAGACAGAUCGAAAGCACGCGAUGUUUCGACAAUAUCUGAAAGAGCAUGGCGUCAACGACUGGAUCACAAAAGGACUGAGAAAUUUGCAAGCACUGCCGCUGGACGAGAUGAGUUCGCUGGACGCGAUCAGAAAGCUGAUGCAGCUCCUUGGCUACGAGAUGCCGCUGCAAACGGAAAAGGACUGCGAGGAUAUAAUGGAAGAAAUCCUGACACUGCGCCGCAGAGAGGAAACGUUACAGAGCGCUGUGGUGUCUUAUGAGAAAACGGGAGCACGAAAAUAGGCAUUCAUUACGAUUGUUAUUUCGGUAGCAAAGAGAUUCCAUCCGUAAAAAUUAGUCUUCUGCAUAAUAGAAACUGCAAAAACCAGCCGGCGAAAGCGUUCUUGUGUUUGUUCCAUAAUAGAUUCUGUUAAGUUUGGUCAGAUUGUUGGCCAAAGUGCUAGAGAGAAAAAAAUAUGCUAAUAUAAUAUACCAUGCACUGUUAUUGCUACACUAUAUUUCCUAGUGUCUACCUAUGAGCAACAAAAAUGAAGAACGAAAAAAUAAUAAUUCACAUACAUGUAAAAAUUAAACAAAAAAAAGGAAUCCUGUAGAAAUUUCAUAGUCACAAAUUUCCAAA